AUGGAGUGCCCGCUGUGCCUGGAGGAGAUUGAUAUUUCGGACGCGAACUUCAAGCCGUGCCCGUGUGGCUACCAGAUCUGCCGGUUCUGCUGGCACCACAUCAAGCAGAACCUGAACGGGCGGUGCCCGGCGUGCCGGCGGAAGUACUCGGACCAGGCGAUCGAGUUCAAGGCCAUGAGCACGGAGGAGUGCGUAGCUGCGGCUGACGGCAGGAUUUUGCUACUGACGAACGCCAAAAAGAACAAGGAGCGCGAGAAGAAGGAGAUGGAGGCGACGAACCGCAAGCACCUGGCGAACAUGCGCGUGGUGCAGAAGAACCUCGUGUACGUGGUGGGCCUGAGCCCCCGGUUCGCGCGCGAGGAGCUGAUCCCCACGCUGAAGGGCCCCGAGUACUUUGGGCAGUACGGCCGCGUGGCGAAGAUCCUGAUCAGCAAGCGCGUGAGCUCGCACAAGACCCAUCGACCGGCGUGUACGUGA